UCGACAGACAUGAGUGAGCGAUGUGACUUGGGCAAUCUCAUCUGAAGGGCCGAGUUGUUCUUUUGGAGGAGACUUCUAGAUGAGACUCGCUGAGACACUGAAUCUGUGUGAAGAGGCCUAAGGAUUUAAUAGGAUGUCAACGGAGACAGAACUUCAAGUGGCUGUGAAAACCAGCGCAAAGAAAGAAUCCAAAAAGAAAGGUCAAGAUCGCAGCGAAGCCACAUUGAUAAAGAGGUUUAAAGGGGACGGCGUCAGGUACAAAGCAAAACUAAUUGGAAUCGACGAGGUUUCUGCCGCGAGAGGGGACAAGUUAUGUCAAGACUCAAUGAUUAAACUCAAGGGUAUUGCCGCAGGAGCGCGUUCAAAAGGCGAACACAAACAGAAAGUCUUUCUAACAGUUUCCUUUGGAGGGAUAAAAAUCUUUGAUGAGAAGACCGGUAUCCUCCAUCAUCACCAUGCAGUACACGAAAUCUCAUACAUCGCCAAGGACAUUACAGACCAUCGGGCGUUUGGAUACGUAUGCGGGAAGGAGGGAAACCACAGAUUUGUGGCAAUAAAAACUGCUCAGGCGGCCGAGCCAGUCAUUUUGGAUUUGCGAGAUUUGUUCCAGCUUAUCUACGAGCUGAAGCAGAGGGAGGAAAUGGAAAAGAAGGCACAAAAGGAUAAACAGUGCGAGCAGGCCGUAUAUCAGACAAUUUUGGAAGAAGAUGUAGAAGAUCCCGUAUAUCAGUACAUAGUGUUCGAAGCUGGCCACGAGUCCAUACGAGACCCAGACACAGAGGAAAGCAUAUACCAGGUCCCUACCAGCCAUAAGAAAGAAGGUGUCUAUGAUGUACCAAAAAGUCAGCCGAUAAGUGCUGUUACCCAAUUAGCACUUUUUGGGGACAUGUCCACUCCGCCUGACGUAACUUCACCUUCUACGCCGGCAACUCCAGGUGAUGCCUUUAUGAAAUACCCCACCCAGCUUCACCCCGCCAUUGCCCCCAUGUUCGGAACCCUCUCUUACAACCCAGUCGCUCUACCAUCAGGUUACGUUGCAAUGGGAGCCGUCCAGCCAUCUUUCUGGGGACAACAACCAUUGAUACAGCCGCAGAUGGUAUUGGGUGGGCAGCCCGCCAUUCCUCAGGUUAUGCAGGGAAACCAGACGAUAGCAUGGGCCCCGCCAGGCCUUUACCCCACAACUCAGCAACAGUGGCCGACCCUGCCCGGUCAGUUUCCACCCGCUGCCUUCAUGCCAACACAGACUGUAUUGCCUUUCCAAGCAGCCAUGUUCCAAGGUAGUACCGCCCCGGUAGCCGCUGUGCCGCCCUCCAGCGACUCCAUGCGACAAAGCCCCCUGCGGCCAGAUCAGACAGUAACACAGGAGAUGUUUAAGGAUUUCCAGAUGGUGAACCCCCCUCCGGUGCCAUCGAGACAUCCGGACCAGCCUGCCCUCCUGUGUACCUCAGAUGCCUUCUCAAGCUACUUCGACAAAGUUGGCCUGGUGCAAGAUACGGACGACUGCGACGACUUUGACAUCUCGCAGUUGAACCUUACACCCAUGACUUCCACUUCGCCCUCAACUAAUUCACCGCCCACGCCGGCUCCGAGGCAGAGCUCACCAUCAAAGUCUUCAGUGUCUCACACCAGCGAUCCCAUUCCGGACGACAUCUUUGAAGAAGGCUUUGAAAGUCCCAGCAAAAGUGUCGAACAAGAUGCACCUGAUGCUCCUCAGGCGUCUUCCUGCACUGACCAGGGCGAAUCCAGUGGUGAUACAAUAAGCCCCGAGGUCGGUAGCUAGAUAGCACAGACUGGGAUCACAUCAGAAGAUCCUAUCUAUGCUCAGAUACGAAGACCUAAGUAACAGAGCUCAACGGGCUUGCAGUGCUCCAAGACUAGAUUGAACAACCAGCUGGCUAGCGGCACUCAACGGCGGCAUUAUAUCAAAAAGACACCUUCAGUGGGUUUUAGCGGCGCACCGAAUGAGAUUGAUCCACCGGCGACGGCAGCACAAAGGAGGACAAAACAA